GGAAGGGAGGGGGCGGCGCUGCCUGGGUAAACUUCCUCCUCUUUCCCGCGGUUUGUUUCUUUCCGGCAGAGUUUCUUCCUCCUGAGCUGCUAAGUUGGGCGGUGGGAGGCUUCCUUCCUUCCUUCCGGGAAGAAUCUCCCUGUUCAAUUCUGGAAUAAGUCUCCACACUGCUGGAAUUGCCUUCUUUGGGUCUUUCCAUUGGUUAAGGAAAGAACAGGAGUCCUUUGCUCCUGCACAUUCAGAGCAAGGCCGGUUAACUUGUUCAAGGUAUUUCCCUGGAAGCAACGCUACUGAGGAAGGGGAUGGAGGAGCCGAACCCUGCAAGUCUGCAGCUGGAACAAGGAACGGCAAGAGAAGCAGGGAAUGCCGGAAUCAGGGUUCAGUCCGAAUAUGUGACCGAAGAGCCAACAUGGAAAGCGCCGGAAAAAGACAAGGAUCUUCCUGGUCAAAGGAUGCAGCAGCACUGGGAAGCCCAAUGGCAGGCGUUCCCGAAGACCCUCCAUUCGCCUUCCUCGGCAUGGGGAAGCCUUUCACCGGCAGAGGAAAUGCCGUGGGAAGACGCCAAAGCGUUCCUGGCCUCCUUUGAGGAAGUGGCCAAAGCCUGUCAUUGGCCAAAGGAAGAGUGGGCAGCCUGGCUGUUGCCCGCAUUGAGCGGAGAAGCAGAGCAGGCCUUUCGGAGCCUGGAAGCCAGAGACAGGGAAGAUUAUGGGAAAGUGAAGGCAGCCAUCUUGAGAGCGGAGGCCCUGAGAGCUGAGCUGCAACGCCAGCAUUUUCGGCAGUUCUGCUGCGAAGAGGUGGAGGAUCCGCGAAGGAUUUACAGCCACGUCCAGGAGCUUUGCAGUCGGUGGCUGAAGCCGGAGAGACGCAGCAAGGAGCAGAUCCUGGAGCUGCUGGUCCUGGAGCAAUUCCUGGCCAGUCUUCCCGAAGACCUGCAAGGAUGGGUCCGAGGCGCAGGGCCAGAGACGUGUUCCCAGGCUGUGGCCCUGGCAGAGGACUUCCUUCUUGAGAGACAGCAAGAGGUUGAUUCCGCCAUGUGGCAGGAACCGUCGCAGGAUGUUGGUUCCCUAAAGGUGGAAGGGAAGUCGCCAGAUGCUGCUCAGGAACAGAUCUAUGAGGAAGCCAAGCCGGUGAAGGAUGCCGAGAUCCCUCUGCUAGGUGUUGGAAUCGGAGACCCAAGUCCUUCCAUUUCAGUGUUUCCUGCUGAAGGACAAGUUAAGACAGAAGCUGGGCUGGAUGAGGGUCUGCUGGACUGGAAAAACACAGGCGUCUCUUUGCAGAGGGUUGAGCAGACACCAUGCCAGUCAGACCAAGAGACCAUCUUCUGGCAAGUCCUACAGGAGGAGGGUGGAAAUGCCCAGCCAUUCGGUGAUGAAAAGGGAUGUUGGAAGGAGAUGAAGACAUCUUCACAGGUAGAGUCAUCACCAGCAGAAGCAUCUCAGUGGAAUUUGCCUAUGACAUCCAACAUUCAUAAGAUGAGAGAUCAAGAGUCGAAGAAGUUAAUGGAGACAGAGAGAAAACACACCAAAAGCCUUAUAGGUGGUGAUAACAAGGCCUCCACGGACAUGGGGAAGCCCAUGUUCUCCAAGUAUGGGAGGAAAUACCACAAUAUGUCAGAUGAGUUUGCUGAUCCGAACUCAAGAAAGAAAGAUACUGAAUGUCCUGAAGAUGGAGAAAGAAGUAAGAGCUGUGAGCAGUCUUUACAGAAAUACCAAGAUGUUCCUACAGGAAAGAAACUGUAUAAAUGUGCUACUAGUGAUAAUGGUUUCAAAUCUAGAACACACCUGACAAGCCACCAGCAAAGUCACACUCGACAAAAGGUAUACCAAUGUUCUCAGUGUGAGAAAUGCUUCGGCGAGAAAGGUACACUGGUAAGACACCAGGUAAUCCAUACUGGAGAGAAACCCUAUAAAUGCUCUCAGUGUGGCAAGUGUUUCACUCGAAGUUCUAGCUUGAAGGACCAUCAAAGAAUCCAUACUGGAGAGAAACCCUUUGAAUGCUCUCAGUGUGGGAAGUGUUUCACUCGGAGUUCUACCUUAAAGGACCAUCAAAGAAUUCAUACUGGAGAGAAACCUUUUGAAUGUUCUCAGUGUGGCAAAUGCUUUCAACAGAGCUCAAAUUUGAUUGUCCACCAGAGAACACAUACUGGAAAGAAACCCUAUAGAGUCUUGUAUGUGGAAGAGGCUUCUCUUGAUGAUAUCUCUGAAUAGACACCAGAAAACCCAUAGGACCUUCAUAAUGUCUCUGUCUUCCAUGAGUGGGGAGAACUGUGGUCUAAAAGGUGCACUGAUGAAACAGUAUUUGUGAAGGAUUUUGAGAUAAUGUAUACUCUAUAGUCCAUAGUCCACUACAUUGUGGGAGGGAAUUGGGGGCCCUCCUUCCUUAAGGUGCUCCCCUAGCUUCAGGUUGAAAUGGAAGACUAGAUGUCUGCUGAGAAAUAAUUAUUUUAUAAUUCAGGGUACACAGUUUCAAAGUCUAGACAAGUGGGUGUUACACAAGAGCUUCCUUUUUCUUUUUUUUUUCUUUUCUUUUUCUUUUUAGCAUUCAGCUUUUCAAAACAAUAAAUAAUGUUCUGUUAUCCUUCCACAUUUGCUGUUUAGAGGCACAGGAUCCCCAUAAAAGUGAAACGCAGAAGGUAAAACUUUAAAAGACAAAAUGAGAGAAAGUGAACUUGAUUAUGGAGGAAAUUAAGAGGAGAGAAGAACGAAUGUUAUAUGCGGGCCAUAAUACAAGUGUGACAAAAGUGGUUCUAAUGRCAUUUGGKUGUAUCCACUAUUUCAUGUAAUCACAAUCCAACUAGAAAUGGGGUCUUACUAAAAAUAAAGAGCAGUUGCCAGAAAGUA